AAUUAUAUCAUCAAAAAAAUACAAUAACAAAAAACUAUGGCCGAAAAAAUUCUUUCUAAGAAAAGAAAAUCCAGCAAUAAUGAAAACUUACAGAAUCUUCAGCAAAAGGGAAUUGAAGAAAUAAAAGUCUUUUAAGCAGCUAUAAGCAAUGAAAUAACAGAAAUACGCAAUGACAAUAAGCAUUUGAGAGAUGAAAUUGCCCUACUUAAAGAUACUUUUUGUACACAAAUGGACGGAGUGUUAAGAGUAUUGGCAGAGCAAAAUACCUCGCUGUAUCAACUUUCAAAAAAUUUGUACGCGAAACCUUUGUAUAUUGGUAGCUUCCCCAUCAAGACGGAGGAGGAGCUAGAAAAACUGGAAGGAAUCAUAACUGAUGAAAAAAAAAAUGAAAUGGCUGCAUCAGUACAAGGUCUUAUAAAAAAUGGAGGAUUUGAAAAAAAUAUGGACUGCAUUUUUUCGACGGAACUUAUUUUAGAUACUAAUUUAGACGGAAAGCAGGGGAAAAAAAGGCUUCUAAACUAUAAGAAAAUUAUGGGAGUUUUAUAUGGGGCAGUUGAGAAGGACGGAAUAAAUGAAAAAGCCUUUCUUCACGCUUUAAGGACAGGUCUUAGACGCGUCAAAAAUCGACAUUUUAAAAAUAUUUGUGUUAACAAAAAAGCUCUGUCAGAACAAAAUGAAUAGUUUUACUUCCCUAAUUACGUAAUUUUUUAUGACCCGUUGA